AUGACCGCAUCACAACCGAGUGUCGACGGCGCGGUACCGAUACUGUUGCUCAAGACGAGAUCGUCUCCAGGAGAUUCGUACGAAGAUCUGCUCGGGUCAACCAACGAGGACGGCUGGUCCUUCGAGCCCACUUUCGUCCCCGUGCUGCAGCACACCCUCAUCCAAGAAGGCCUGGAUGAGGUGCGGACCCUCCUUCAAAACCGAGGCAUUCGCUCAGACGAGGGCGCGUCCUACGGCGGCCUCAUCUUCACGUCCCAACGCGCCGUCGAAGCCUUCAUCGGCCUCGUCGAACAGGGCAAGAGCUCAGGUGCAGACGACGACGCCGCCUGGCCACAUCUCCAGUCGGUCCCCGUCUACAGCGUCGGCCCCGCGACGACGCGUGCGCUGGGCGCCGUGCCCCAGACGCCGCCGCUGGCCAUCCACGGCUCCCACACCGGCAACGGCGACGCCCUCGCCGCCUUCAUCCUCGACGACUACGCCAUGCGCCGCUACCCCGCGCGCGUGCCGAAACCGCCGCUCCUGUUCCUCGUCGGCGAGCAGCGCAGGGACAUCAUCCCGCGCACCCUCACCGACCCAGCCCUGCCGCCGGACCGCCGCAUCCCCGUGACCGAGGUGACCGUCUACGGCACGGGCGUCAUGCCCACGUUCCCCGACCACCUCGCGCGCCUCCUCGACGAGACGGCAUCGCGCCCCGCGCGCUGGGUCGUCGUCUUCUCGCCCACGGGCUGCGACAGCCUGCUGCGCGGCCUGGGUCUCCUCGACGACGCCUCGGGCAGGGCGCGCCCCGCCGAGGCCAGGGACGGCAGGACCUAUGUCGCGACCAUAGGGCCCACGACGAGGGACUACCUGCGGCGGACCUUUGGCUUUGAGCCCGACGUGUGCGCUGCGACGCCGUCCCCGGAAGGCGUGCGGCGGGCUAUUGUCGACUUUACGACGAGCCAUUCCGGGUCGAAGUAG